GUGUGGAGAUUUCAAGCAGGUGUGUGAAGGCGUGGCCUCCAACAUAAGACUUGCAGUCAGCGGCCCGGUCAGACUUGAUCAAGACAAGCUCUGUAAAGCUUUGCUUUCUCAACUCAAAGUCCAAACCUCCGACGAGGACAUGCUGACCUGGUCGCAGCUCCUGCACGCCGCCGUCUUCUUCUACCUGGUGCCCUGUCUGCUCUGCGGCAACCUGCGCUGCCUUUACAGGCCUGUCCUGGAAAAGGAGGUGAAAUACGGGCACGUUGUGACGGAAUGUCGGUCCGAUGAAGUGUGCUUCAAAGCGGAGGGUCGCUUCGGCAACUACAGCGCCUUGUCGGCCAGCGGUUGCAUGCCAAGGAAGAACUGCAGAUGGAAUCAUGAGCUCCCCUACAAAGGAGUCGUCUUCACGAUGAGCUACAAGUGCUGCACCCGGCCAUAUUGUAACUCCUGUUUGGGCCUCACAGCCAACACUUUGUCCAUCGCUCUUACACUUCUGACUAUUGUUGUGGUCGCCAGCUAAAACCUCAACUGGACGUCAGCAUCAUGUCAUGUUUGUGUCUGGUGGAAAAAUUAUAGUCUGGAGACACUGAGCUGCUAAUGUGGAUAUUUUAACUGUUUUAACAAAACCUGUUUUAGAUUGUCUUUUUUUGAAAUUAAAGCUUUUAAUACGA